GUGCUUUUUCAAGAGUCGGUGGACUUGGGGAAAGAGGGCAGCUGGGUGUCUUCUCAGGAACUGAACGCACUGUUUGUUCUUACUUAAGAAGACGGCCUUUUUGCAGCGGAACGCCUGCUGUUAAAUGUUUUAGAACAUUGAAGACCGCAGCGUUCUGUUUGUUUGUGUUUGUGUUUGCUUUUCUUUUGGAAAAGAAUUUAAAGAGAAGACAGUCACAGUCAGAGCAAGCAGGAAGGACUGGUACGAUUGGUGUGAUGCAGAAACUCUAUCCUUUUAAAUCAUCUUCACAGAGCUCAACCAUUAUCAAAGCUUCAGUAAAUAAUGAUGGCAAACAGGACACACCUGUGUGCAGUUCAUCUACCUGGACAGGAGAGGCAGCGGAGAGCAAAGAUCCUGAACACAAGCAGGAUCCAGGAAUAAUCAUGGGAAUGAUUCAAAAAUUAAAUCCAUUCAGGUUUUCCUCGCAGAACAAGAGCAACGAGCCUCUAAUAGUCUCUGCAGCAGCUCCUGCAGAUGAGAAAACACAGGAUCACGGUGGGAUGCGAGACCAUCUGAAAUCCACAGCUCAGGUGUCUGAUCGAGGAGAGGCAUCGCCUGCAGGACAGAACGCCUCGUCUUUGAUCGUUGACAAAUGUUUGACCACACAGAUAAACUCUGAAGUUCAAACAGCAGAAACAGAUGUCGUCAGGUCCAGUGAAGGAAACCCUCUGGACAAUGAAGAUGAUGAAGAUGGUCUGCUGGCCUGGUGGAGAACCGUGGAAGGUUGGAGUGAAUGGAACGAGUCGAAGCAGUUUAAUGAGGAAGAUGGAGAACGAGCGAUCGCAGCCGCCGCUAACCGGGUUUUCAUGUCCGCCAAGUUAUUCGUUCACCUGCUGUCUCAGCGCGAGCCGUCGCUGCAGCAGCGCAUCCGUGAGCUCCUGGCGUUAGCGGACGCCGCCGACAGCUUCCACAAGAAAACAGUGACAGCGAGCGUAGGUGGCGGAGUGGCCAGCGUCGCCGGCAGCAUCACCACCAUCACCGGCCUGGUUCUGGCGCCCUUCACCCUCGGGACGUCCCUCAUCGUGACGGCGGUGGGCAUCGGUGUGGCGACCGCUGGCGGCGUGACAUCAGCUUCCGCUAAUAUCACCGACACGGUUCACUCCAACACGGAUAGAAAGAAGGUGGAGAAGAUGAUCCAAGAUUAUCAGCAGGAAAUUAAAGAUAUUAAAGAAUGCCUGGACUUCCUACAGGCUGGGAUGGAGACUCUGGAGGAGUGGAAUUUCGAGCAGUACGUGGACAGCAUCUCCAAACGGGCCCUGAACCAGAACAUGAAGCACGUGCUGAAGGAGGGCGGCCGGGCCGGGAAAGCGCUGCUGGUGAACACGGAGAACCUCAUCAACACCGUCCAGGUGCUCAGUGUGGCCGGAGGCGCUGCCAAAGCCGCACAGGUCAUCAGCGUCACCACCGGCGUCAUGUCGGGCCUCUUCCUUGCCCUCGACGUCUUCUUCCUCGCCAAGGGCUCGCUGGAGCUGCGCAAGGGCGCCAAGACAGAGUUUGCGGCCAAGAUCCGAGAGGUUUGCAAGGAGCUGCAGGAUGGACUGCAGGAGCUGAAGAGAAUCCAACGACAGCUGCAGAAAACCAUGGAUGGAGUUGAGAUGGAGGAGGAUGAAGGAGAUGGUGGUGAUGAUGAUGAUGAUGAUGAGGAUAAAGGUGAUGGGGAAGAGGACAAUGAUGAGGAAGAGGUAGAAAAUAGAUCAAAACCGAGAAAAGAAUCCAGCUAGAGGAAUAAGCAUUGAUGAUUAUCCCAAGUAAUGAGUAAAAAUUAUAAAAAUAUAAUGUAAAAUUAUUUAUAUAUAUAUAUAUAUAUAUAUAUAUAUAUAUAUAUAUAUAUAUAUAUUAGUGCUGUCAAUAUAUAUAUAUAUAUAUAUAUAUAUAUUAUAUUAGUGCUAUCAUUUUUUCAGUUUAAUGUGUAAAGAUUUUAUAUAUAAAUAUUUUAUCUUUUUUCCCAUAGGUCACAAGAUGGUAGACAGUAAUAAGAACAAUAUUUUACAAAAUAAAAAUGUUAAUUAUAAAUUAAUUUGUAAGUCGCUUUGGUUAAAAGGCAAAUAUUAAAUAAUAAUCUAAAUUAAAUAUGUAUUUAUAAUGUAUACUAUGAAUAUAAGUAUUUUUUCUAUUUGCCAAAGGUAUUUAGUCAGUAGAUAGUAAUAAAAAAUAUUGUAAAAAUGUUGGUAAUAAUUUAUUUUAAGGUGUCCUUGUUACAUGUACUUACUAUUAUAAUAACAAUAAAUUAUGCAUAAUUACAUGCAAGUAACUCUAAGCCAAACCCUAACCAUAUAGUAAGUACAUGUAGUUAAUCAUUAUUACUCAGUACUUACAUGUAUCAUUGCACUGUCAAAAGGACAUCUUAAAAUAAAGUGUAACCUAUAUUUCUACUGUUUGCCAAAGAUCAUUAGAUAUAGUUUGGUGCAGUUCUAUUUACAGUUCUAGGCUAAAUAGUUAUGCUUAGGUCAAAUGUUUCUGCUGAAUGACAAGAGAUGAGUAGCUACUUUCUUUAUAUCCUAUGCAAUGAAUAACAUAGUGCCGUUUUACAUUUUGCGAUGCAUUUUUCAUACACUUUAAAUUCCUUCCUCAAAGAAUCAAAUUUAUGGAAUUCUUAUACAAUAUCAUUUUUAAUUAUCUUAUUAUUUGCUUGCCUUCAGGUCUGUAUGUCUUACAUUUCAGCUCUUUACUGUAUAUGUCAUUAAAAUAGUGCACAAACAGCAGAGCCUCAUGGUGCGGUUCCUUUUCUCAGAACUGGUGAGGGUGGACCAAUCUCAGCGAUUUCUGGAUAAUUAAUUAAUCAUUUUAUAGACAGUUAUAAGCUAGUCUCAUUACCCACCAGUUGUGUUCUUUCUGUCGCCACUAGAGGGCAGGUGCACAAACUUCUGACUCAAACAUCAGUUCUCUGACUUAAACUUGAAAAUCAGUAGUAGGCUGUCAUUGGAGUAUUUAAAAAAAAAAAAAAAAGGAUUAAUAACAUGAUAUGCUUGUUAAAUAUAAUCACCAAUUCAGCACAUAUAUUUACUGAGAAAAUCCCCCAAAUGAAUAAUUGUACAAAAUGAAGAAGUCACUGACUGGACAAAACUGUCUUUAGAAGUCACAUGCACUUUAUACAAUACCGAUUGUUUCAAAACCGCUUCAGAUAGUAAUAAACAGGACAAAAAAAAAAGCUCUAUAGAAUGUAUCAGUUUAAAGUUUUAUUCUGUUUUGUUCUCAUCCGAUAAACCUUUUUAGAAGUGAAUAUUAGUUUUAUUUCCCAUCACCUUGGUUCAGUCGGUCCGAUCUAAAUUUAGGCUCGUUCACUCAGGUCGUGUUUGUGGUUUUGUGAUUGUGGUUCAUGGAGACUGACGUUUGUGGCCUAUGUCUCGCUGUUUUUCUAGGUUUUAAGAGACUGUGCCAAGUUAAAAAAUAGUUUGCACUGAAUAGUCGGCGUUGAAAACACAACUUCUGUUGUUCUCAGUCCAGCUGUUUUAUAAACACAAGAAUGCGUCUGUCCGAAAUCAAGAUUUAAUUUCUACCUUAUUUUAUUUUUUUAUUUUUCUGUUUCUAAACAAGGAAAUUAGUUUGUUACAUUUCCUAGAAAUAAGAUAUUGUGCGUUCCAGUUAGUCAUGAGACAGGGUGGGGUAAUAACGUUGUGCAAUGUGGUUUGACAAACUAUUCCAGUAUUUCCAGCAGUUUAUAAAGUGCAGUUGUCUGAAAUCAUGACAUUAUGGUAGAAACUGACGCAGACGCUCCAUUGUGACUGUAUUACUCACUAAUGAAUCUUUGCUGUAUGGCUUUUAAUUUUAUUUAUUAUAAACAAUCUUUUCUUUUUUCAUGGUGAUGGUUGGAUGUAAUGUGUUUCAAUAGUUUUUCUUUAUGAACUCUUCAACUACCGAUUAAAUUUGCUCUCUUAUUCUAAGAAUAUUUAUGUUUUGAAUAAUAAAUGGUGCCAAUGCAGCACAGAUUAAAGAUGG